CGAGUUUUUUUUUUUCAGUUGCAAGCUCAUUCACUGAUCUGAUCUUUCUCUCCAUGGAUGAAAGCAUUUACAAAUAUAAGGGUUCCCCUAAGGAAUGCUUUAGUUGCAUCCAAAAACUUCUGUUAUGUCAAUCAACAAACAUUCAUUAAACACCAGGAACUCUUGCCUCGUGUUGUAAUUAUAUUUGAUGAGAUUUUCAGUUUGUGUCUGAGAUCUGUUCUUGGCCGGACCAAGAAUAUUAUACAAAAUGGAUACAGGGCAAUUUGGUGAAGAAAAGUAGGGGAAUGAGGAAAGGCUUCAUGCAGAAAGUGGCCACUGAAUGAGGAUUCUAGGAGGCGGGGUUAAGGAGGGAGAACCUGCAUUGGAGACAUGGGGUCAAAGCCAUAAAGGAAUUAUUAACUUGGAUUAAGGAGAUGAAGGAGAGGGAGCCUGGCCUAAUGGAUUGCGAACCGGCCUCUAAAUCAGGAAGACUUUGAUUUUUAAGUCCCAUCGGACACACACAGGCAAAAUCACUGGGCUCCAGGCAAAAACUCUUUAGAAGCUAACUUAUCAGAACCGUGGCUGAUAUGCGAAGGGUCUCCAAGCCCACUAAAUCUCAAACCGGAAAAAAAAAAAAAAAAAAAAAAAAAAAGUCUUACAAACCCUAUUCGUUCUGCUGGUGAUUGAGGCUGUUCUGCUGUAGGAUCCCAGAUUUAGAUAUGGAGCUCGACUCCUCUCUAUUUACAGAGGAAAUAAGGUGGUGAAAUGACUAAGACCAAGGUCACACAGCUGGUCUUCAAGAAAUAAGAUUUCAAUCUGAGGAAAUGUCAAAGUAGCAGCUUGCCGAUACCCUGGAUUUCCUGGAUGCAGUGCAAACAAUUUUUAUAGUGUGGAGAAAGAGCCUUAAUUGCCAGUUUACAUGUGUAGAUCACUGCGUUACUGUAUUAGUCAUUGUCUCUAUACAGCAAUGACAAGACUGGAGGAAGUAAAUAGAGAAGUGAACAUGCAUUCUUCAGUUCGAUAUCUGGGCUACUUAGCCAGAAUCAAUCUAUUGGUAGCAAUAUGUCUAGGUCUCUAUGUAAGAUGGGAAAAGACGGCAGAUUCCCUAAUUCUGGUCAUCUUUAUACUUGGCCUUUUUGUUCUUGGGAUUGCCAGCAUUCUUUAUUAUUAUUUUUCAAUGGAAGCAGCAAGUUUAAGCCUCUCCAACCUUUGGUUUGGAUUCUUGCUUGGUCUCCUCUGUUUCCUAGAUAACACACCUUUUAAAAAAGAUGUCAAAGAAGAAGUGACUAAGUAUUUGCUCCUGACUUCCAUAGUAUUAAGGAUAUUAUGUGCUUUGGUGGAGAGAAUUUGUGGUUGUAUUCGUCACCGACCUACCUUAUUGACCACAGUUGAAUUCCUUGAACUGGUUGGAUUUGCUAUUGCCAGUACUACUAUGCUGGUAGAAAAGUCUAUGAGUGUUAUCUUGCUUGUAAUAGGUUUGGCGAUGUUGAUUAUUGACCUAAGAAUGAAGUCAUUCCUAGCAAUUCCAAAUUUGGUGAUUUUUAGCGUCUUACUGUUUUUUUCUUCAUUGGAAACUCCUCAGAAUCCAAUUGCCUUUGCAUGUUUUUUUAUCUGUCUAAUUACUGAUCCUUUUCUUGACAUCUAUUUUAGUGGACUUUCAGUUACUGAAAGGUGGAAACCCUACUUGUAUCGUGGAAGAAUUUGUAGAAGAUUUUCUGUCAUUUCCAUUGGCUUUAUUGAACUUACUUUUUUUAUUCUUUCAGCUUUCAAGCUUAGGAAUCCUUAUCUCUGGUACUUUGUAAUACCAGGAUUUUCCAUUUUUGGAAUUUUUUGGAUGAUUUGCCAUGUUAUUUUUCUUAUAACUCUUUGGGGGUUCCAUACUAAAUUAAAUGACUGUCAUAAAGUUUAUUAUACUCACAGGGCAGAUAAUAAUAGCCUUGAUAGAGUAAUGGCAUCUAAAGGAAUGCGGCAUUUUUGCUUAAUUUCAGAGCAACUAGUUUUUUUUAGUCUUCUUGCAACAGCAAUUUUGGGUGCAGUAUCCUGGCAGUCAACAAAUGGAAUAUUCUUGAGCAUGUUUCUUAUCGUUUUACCAUUGGAGUCUAUGGCUCAUGGACUCUUCCAUGAACUGGGCAAUUGUUUAGGAGGAACAUGUGUUGGAUAUGCUGUUGUGAUUCCCACCAACUUCUGCAGGUAUGGUGGAGACACCUUACGCCUUGACACACUUUUGGAAUGGUGGAGAGAAAAGAAUGGUUCUUUCUGUUCCCGACUUAUUAUUGUACUGGACAGUGAGAACUCAAUACCAUGGGUUAAAGAAGUGAGAAAGAUUAAUGACCAAUACAUUGCAGUGCAGGGAGCGGAGAUGGCCAAGGUGGUGGACCUCGAAGAAGCCGACCCUGCCCAGCUCGGGGACUUUACAAGAGACUGGGUAGAAUACAACUGCAAUGCUAACAGUAACAUCAGCUGGACCGAAAAGGGCCGAGCCGUGAAAGCCACGUACGGGGUGUCGAAACGAUGGAGCGACUACACUCUGCAUCUGCCAACGGGAAGUGAUGUGGCCAAGCACUGGAUGCUCUACUUUCCCCGUAUUACAUAUCCUCUGGUGCACUUGGCAAACUGGCUGUGCGGCCUAAACCUUUUCUGGAUCUGCAAGGCUUGUUUUAGGUGCUUGAAAAGGUUAAAAAUGAGGUGGUUUCUUCCUGCUGUGCUGGACACAGGACAAGGCUUCAAACUUGUCAAAUCAUAAUUAGGAACCAAAGAUGGAACAUGACUGAAACUCGACAUGUUUUACUAUCAAACAUGACUAACUUGCCACUUUUUAUAUGUAUUUUUUUGUGUGCGCGUGAAAGAUAUCUUGCUACUUUAUAGUUGCACUGUUUUCUUAAGCAAUUGCAAUAUAUGCAAGGGGUUGGGAACUGUAUUAUUUCAAACUAAAAAGUGUGUUUGGUGAAUAACAUCUGUAACUGAAGUUCUCCGAAUAUGCAUAAGAUCUAUUAAAUGUGAUCAUGCAAUUUAAAGAAAGGUCGCAUGUUCAUAUGUAUUAGAGGACUCCAAGACUGCUCUGAAAUGAUCGUUGAAGAACAAAAAUGCCUUAUUUUCUAGGAAGAAACUGGAGCCUGGAACACAGACUCACUUGGUUACUAUUAUGAAUCAACUGGCAAUAAAAGAUCUCUUGCUCUGAAUAGUAUUAUAGACUGAGUUGAGACCAUUGGAAGGCUAUCAGGCCCAUUGUAAAUAGGCUGGGAAAGAGUAAAGUCAGUCCUAUAAUGAAUUUUAAGGUAUAAAUAUGCAAAGCAUGCAGGCUAGUGCCUUCCGUUGCCUUUGCUGUAACCAUUACAGGAUUAGAAAGAUAGCAGAGAAUCCACAAUUAGUCAGAUUAGCUGUAAUCCAUGUAGGAACAACAACAGGCCAAAGGCUAAAUAGAAAAACUCCUUUUGCUUGCACUAAACGGUAGCACCUGAAUCAGAAGACUGGGCAAUUUUAUAGUCUUAUCUCAGGGUCAUUGAACAUUUUCUUAAUGAUGGAAAGUGUCAAGUAGGCACACCUUCCAAACAAACUCAGUCUCUUCUUUCAAGGAGUUGUCGAACUUCAGUCAGAACAUAUUAAGCAAAAAAAAGGACAUUCUAGCUUAUCAGUGCUCAUGCUCUUCCAUGAAAUUUUAUAUUUUUCACCCAGUAAAAAAAUUAACAUUGUCUAACUAAGGCUGGUAAGUUUUCUAUUGUUACACACAUGGUUCAUUAUGUAAAAGUGUUUUUUACUAUAACAAUGUUUUCUAUAUUUAAACUAUAGUCUUUGAUCAGUGUAUUCCUUGAGGGGUGGUUCACUCCUCACUUCUCCUCAUAAAUUCUCAAAUUUUAGAUUUCUCUCUUUGAGAAGUGAAUAGAAUUAAACCUGGGGGGUCUCUUAGUACUUCUUUAUCUUAGUUAGUGUAGCUCUUCAGAAUUAAGCUAUUUUUCCAAUUCAACAGAGACUUGGACCUCUACCUCUCUCUACCUGCUGAAAAUCAAAAACCUAGUUUUGAAUGGGUCAAAAAUAAGUACAUAACACCAUCCAUAAUGCAUUGCUCCAGUUUACCAAAUUCUGGUUUAUAUAAUAUAUACAACAAUGAAUUUGCCCAGCAUUUUUGUUAACAUAUAUUGACAUAUAGCCGUAAAUUAAUUUUGGUAAAAAAUUAGUAAAUUAAGUAAUGUGAUCUGAAAGUCAAGAAUUUAAACUUUAUAGACAUUAAAGGCCUACAGUUCCAAAAAGUUAAAUGAGUCUCCUUUUUUUCUAAUUUCCUAGAAGAUGCUGCAUCAGCACAUUUAACUUAAAAAAAUUUUUUUUUAAUAUUUAGAGAGGAGUAUAGCUACACCUAUUGUUUUCUCCAUCUGUACAAUAGUAUUAAGAAAGUGGUCCUGAAAAAAAAUUGGAAAAGAAAAUGUUAAGGACUGCAAAGCUUUUUAAUUCUUUUUGAUACAUGAUUCCCUUUAACUGUUUCUGAUAGAACAGGCAUUGUUUUUUGGAGGAAAAAAAUGGAGCCAAAAAGGAACAUUGGAAAAAAUGUGAUUUGAGCUAUAUAUGAAUGCUAAAAUAUUCAUAAGGAUUACAUUUUGAGACCUAGUUUAACCAAAGGAAAAAUGAAAAUGAUUGAUAAAUCCAGUUAGCUCUCUGAAUUUGUGAAAGCUUCUCUGAGGUUGAUAUCUUAGAUGACAGUGAGCUUUGCACAUGACACAUUUUAAAUAAAAAUAAACAUAUUGGAAGUUUUAGGAAAAAUAGGAUGAUUUAUCUGCUAAUUGGCAUUUUAUAUGGUUUAACUAUAAAGUAAUGAAACAUUCUCAUGUUUGUGUGGUAGGGAGUCUGCUGGAAUGGCUUUUAUGAACAUGGUCUCAUUACUUUGGUCAUAUAACAUAUUUAGAAAGGAAUUAUUGGUAGUAAGAGGCAUGAAAUUGAAUCAUUUUCCACAUCUACCAAAAAGAAAUAGGUGGUUUGGAUAUAUUUAUCCAAUAUAAAAAGUGCAUUUGGCUUCAUUCAUUUCCUCAAAGUGUGUGCCUUUUCAAAGCCAUAAAAUAAUAGUUUCUGCAGGCAAUUUCAAAAGAUGUAAAAUGUGAACAUAUGAUAAAUAACAGGUAGAGUACAGGUUCUGUCCCCCAUAUGUAAAGACAUGAGUUAUGUUUUAAUCAUUUAUGUGCAAUCAUUCUUUCAAAAAAAGUUGGGUUUUCCCCCACUAAAGUCAAAAACUUUCCUCCAUGAAUUGCUAGGAUCAUUGUUUAAUAGCUUUUGUUAUUCUUCCUAUUACAUAUAUGAUACUAUGAUAAACUUCUAUUUCAAAAGCUCAUUUUUAUGACCAGCAUUUUCUUAAAAGUAUAUUAAUAGCUAAAAUGAAUUUUUAUGUUGUGUGUUAGCGAUAGAUUUUCGUCUUAAGUAAAAUGUCUUUGUUGGAAUCUAUUUAUUAAAUGAAUAUUUUUGUUUGUAAUGCUUUUGCUCUAAAAUACAUUUGCUGUUUUGGAUA